AUGGACCCGCAGCUGUACCAGCAGGUGCUGCUGGCCGUGCAGGUGAGCCACUCGCCGCUGGCGUCCGCGGCGGAGCGGCAGGCCGCGUACGCCUUCUGCGAGGACUUCAAGGGCCGCGCGGACUGCGCGCUGUACGCGGCGGCGCUGUACCGCAACCCGGGGGCGGACGCAGGCGACGCGCUGGAGCUGCACCGGCGCCGCCACUUCGCGCUGCACGUGCUGGAGCACCACGUGCUCACGCGCUGGGGCGCGCUGCCCGCCGAGGAGCAGCAGCGCAUGCGCGCGGAGCUGGUGGCGCUGCUGCUGCGCGCGGAGGACGCGGGCGGAACCGACAGCAUCGAGCCCGUGUUCGUGCGCGAGAAGAAGGUGGCGCUGCUGGCGCAGAUGGCCAAGCGCCAGUUCCCGCAGCGCUGGCCGAAGCUGCUGCCCGAGCUGCUGCAGGUGUGGCAGGCCGGCUCGGCCGCGCAGAUCGAGCUCGUGCUCAUGAUCCUGCGCUCGCUAGCCGAGGACUGCGUCAGCAGCUCGUUCAACACGUCCAUCCCGCCGGCCAGGAGGAAGGACAUCCUGCAGGGACUCAACGUGUGUCUGCCGCAGCUCUUCCCGGUCGUGUACCAGGAGCUGGAGAAGCAGUACGCAGUGUUCAAGUCCCCCGCGGCGUCAGCCGCAGAGAGGAACAUCAGCCAGAGACUUAUUCAUGCAGCGCUGGACAUGUUGAAGGAGUUCCUCGAGUGGAUGCCGCUGGAGCGGCCGGUGGACCCGAGUACCAACUUCAUUAUGGUGGCUGUGCUGCUGCUGGACGACGCGGAGUUCCGCGUGGCAGGCGCGGAGUGUCUGGAGGUGUACAUGACCAGAGGCUUCGGCAAGGACCACAGAGCCAUUAUGCUGCAGAGUAUCAGCCAGAUUAUUGAGAAGGUGGACACGCUGGACCUGACGACGCUGGAGCCAGAUCUGGAGGCGAAUUUACUGUUCCACAAGAAGCUGAACGACAUGCUGGUGACGUGGGGAACGUGUCAGCUGGACGUGCUGCUGCUGGACGGAGCUGGAGAGCAGGAGAUGGCGCUGCUGCGCGUGAUCCUCAAGAACUUGUGCAAGUUGUUCGCGCACCCGAGCCUCAUUCUGACGGAGGCGCAGAUCAUUUUCUGGCUUACAGUACUGAAGAACAAGACGGUGCUGAAGCAGGGAGAAGCGUACUUGGCGGACGUUCUGGAGCAGCUUCGACAGGUUUCGUUUGACAAGUACUUUAAGCUGGGCUCGCCCGAGCGGGAACACCCGGGACCGCAAGCGGUGGCGUGCGAGUGCAGCAGGGAGGAGUUCGACGACCACAACGAGUACAUUUCGUACUAUGGAAACUUCCGAGGACGACUGUACGCGCUGAUCCGUGUGUUGGUGCAACUGAACCCCACGGUUGUGUUGCAGUCACUGCAUGAGCGACUGGCGUUCGUGCUCACGCAGUACCCGGCAGGCACAGACCACCUGAGCGCUGAUCGUGGCCUCUGUACUGACCUCAGCACGGCGUAUUUGUGCCACGAAGGCAUCUCGUCCCUGAUAGACUGCAUCGUCAAGCAGCUCCCACCAAAUGCAAUGCAAAACCCCACAAACCACCAGGCACUGCAGGCGAUUUUGCAGGCGAUUCUGUCGUUUGACACGCCCGAUCCUCUUCUUAAGUUCCGCCAGCUUCUUGUGCUGGCGUCGUUUGCCAAGUACUACGUCCUGGAUGGCAGCACGCUCACGGCGGUGUUUGAAAUGCUUUUCGCGAAUAUCAACUUUGUGAUGUCCGGGGAGGACGUGCACGGCAAGAUGAGCAGUGGAACGAUCAACGUUCGGAGGCGGGCGCUGUCAUCGCUGGUUUCCAUUUGCCAGGCGAUCCCUGCGCACAUUUUGCCAGUGCUCCCCGUCCUGUGUACGAAGGCUCAGGAACUGUUUGCGGCAGAUCGCGUGACCGAUACGGAGGGUGUGAUGCUGUACGAAAUGCUGGUGCUGGUGUCCAACUCGAUGGAGAAUAAGGAGGAACGCGUGCAGUUUGUGCAGCAGAUUGUCCAGGAUCCGCUGGCUCAAUGGACGUCGCCAGAGAUGACUGCGCUUGUGAGCUCCCCACAGAGUAUUGUGACUGCAAUUGAAGCGGCAGCUAACGAUGAGAAGUCGAAGAAACUACUCGGGAUGAUUGUGAAGACCCUGACGACAUUGUAUGGUAUCGCUAAGCGAGCAGGGGUCACGUAUUCGCCCAAGGCUACAGAAGACACAGGGGCGUUCGAGGCCGCGUGGCCGUAUCUACUGCCGAAUUUGUUGGCGCUUGUGCGCUCGCUUCAUGGUCUUCGGGAACCCGCUGUGAAGGAGGCGGUGCUGAAAACUUCUACUGCCUGCUGGUUGAUGAGCGUCUCCGUGGACGAAGUGGCUCAGUUGCUUGGAGGAAAAAACCAGCUCGAAGAGGAGGAAGUUGCCAAACUACCGGUCGCCUCUAAGUGGUCAAAGUGGCACAAGAACGUCCGUGAUAUCUCGUACCAUUUGAUGGGAGUAGCAGUGGGCCAGGCCAACUUCUACAAGAACCCGCAGGUGGCAUCGGUACUGCAGAACAGCAUGCUCAGCGAUCUGGACCUGAUGGAGCACCGCCACCUGAAGGGUGCAUUGGCUUACGUCUACUUGCCGUUCCUGAAGAACUGCCCGCGCGAACUCUACCCAUCGCUGCUGGAUCCGGUGCUUGCGACGCUGUUCGGCCAUUUCGCGCAGCGGGCAACAUCGAUCUUCCAGCGUCCUGCUGCUGGCGACAAACCCGUUCAAACGCCUUGGAGCGCGUUGGUGGUCGGAAUUGAAGACGCGAAGCAGGAGAUUGCGCGUGAGAAGAUGGUGAUGGAGCUGACUCGACAAGUGAUCGACUUCAUUGAGUACGCCGUCGACCCCAAGACUGUCGUGGGCACUGACACAGACAACCCGAAACACGUGACGAGUCCCGAGGAUGCAGUGCUGCGCGACUAUAUUCUGACACAAUCGCCCUCGCUGCCGUUUGCAAUCGGCGCGAUCUUGGUGCAGGUGAUUUGCUGGAAGGACACGUUGAGCUGCCGCAAGGCCGUGCUCUUGGGCGACAAACUGGCCAACGUGCUUCACGCGGACACCAAGUAUCACGCUCUGCUAGGCCGCGAGCUCUUCUCUGCGGCGCUUCAGGGCAUUCUGCGCGAGCAUGUGGGCCACGUGAAGGAGGACGGUCUCAAGUGGGAGAUCAUCAACCUGGCGCGUAACAUUUACUGCAGGCUCACGCUGGGCCUGACUCCCGUGGAAGAGUGCAAGGGCAUCGACCCAUGCAACCAACCGCUUCGCCCCGCGUCGUCGCUGUGCGCAGCGCCUCGUGAGAUUUUAUUAUCUCUUCCAGACGUCACGCCCGGUCAGGUGGAAGCGCUCGACACCUUGUUGCGUGAGAAGCACAGCAUGAAGACACAGAAGAACGCGUUCAAGGAGCUCCUGGAGAUGCCCAUCCUGGCGAUCCGUCGCGAACAAGCUCUGGCGUCGGGCUCUGCCUCACCUUUGGCAGGAAUCUUGGGCAGCAACAUGAGCGCCUCGAUCAAGAAAAUCCUCGACAUCCCGGAGAUGCUCGUGAUCCCCAGCAGGGAGUUCGAGGCCCAGGUCAAGUGGCAGCAAGCGCAGAACCCGAAUCUCGAUACGCAGUCGCUCUUCGGUGCGCAGUGA